AGAUGACGCAAGUUUUAAACAGAUAUUGCGUCACCCGGUCCUCCAGUGACGUAGAAUCCCCUGACCGUCAUAAUGGACAAGGAACAGCGAAAGACAACGAAGGCGGCGUCCCGCGCUGCCGCCGCCGCUUCGUCCACCGCACCCAGCAGCAACAUCCGGCCAGAGAUGUACCAGUGGCUGGUCCACGAGUCACAGAAGCAUCAGGCGAACCUGAAGAAGCACACCCCUGCAACGGGCACGCAACCGCCGAACCUCGCGGGGCUGCAGAUGCUAGGGAUGCCUCACCUACACAGCCACGCACCUCCGAACGUGCUUCAAAUGCAACAACUCAACCAGAUGUUGCCGCUCAUGUCGACGUACCCUGGAUUCCUUGGGUUCGGGGGGCUCAAUCAACCCAACGCUGCCACCACUGUCCCUGCGACGGCUGCCAACACUUCCACCACGAACAACCCACUGAACCUCUUCAGCAUGACAGCGCCGCCCUCCAAGUCCACGGACACGACGAGCGCCAGCUCCGACGACGCCGUUGCCUUGCACCUGCUCCAUCAUCCCAUGUCGGCUAAGACGAAGCCUCGGACAAACUCGGACGUCAAGUCGGACCUGGACGGCGCCGCUAGCUACGAAAACAACGACAUAUCCAUGUCCAGCACGAAUCCCCUUCGGAAGCGACGGCUGGAGCGGAAUCGCGAGUCGGCGCGGGAGUGCCGCCGUCGGAAGCGCGACCACAUUCUCGGCGUGGAAGAGCGAUGCAAGUUGCUGGAGAAGGAGAACAUGGAGCUCCGAUCACAGCUCAAGGCGGGCAAGGAAGCGAUGAAGCAGGAAGAGGACGAGAAGUACCAGAUCUGCCACGAGCUGGAGCACAUGAUCACCGAAGGCGCAAGUGAGCAGGACUUGGCGGCCAAAAUCGACAACUUCAAGGAGCAAUACUCGGACUAUGGGCAAGCGCGGCGAUCGGCGUUGAGCUACCAUUUGCAUCAACUGGAGCGGCUGCUCAUGCCGACGCAAGUGACCAAGAUGUGCAUUUGGGCGUUGAAGCAGGACGAUGCGUUCUGGGAAGAUGGCGAGGACGAGACGAGUCUGCUGUCGAUCCUCACGCACGACCUGGGACUCACGGAGGAGCAGCGCAAGAACAUCCAGUCCCACCGAGGGGCGAUUGUCAAGAUCUGCGACAACCUGCGUCUGGCCCUGAAGCUCCUGAACGAACUCAAGCACGACGUCGAAGAGAAGAACAUCACGCUGGACACGGAGAUGGACCAGCUGCAGAACAUCCUCACGCCGACCCAGCGCGCCAAGUUCAUCGUGUGGGUCACCAACAACCCCGCGUGCAUGCACCUGCUCAACAAACUGUGGACGAAUGUGCUAUAAUACACUAUAUAUAUGUAUGUCGGAA